AUGGCUUUACUUCCGUCCUGCCUUCUCUCCUCAGCCGCCCUUCCCUCUCGCCUGCUACCCAGCGUAAUCGAAAUCCAAGAGUCCUGUUUCUCCCUCGUCUAUAACGCGUACGGCCUGCGCCUCGACCAAUUCCACGUCGACAAUCUCACGCUCGUCUCCUGCUGGGUCCCCGCUUCUCGCGGCGACAAGCCCGCCGCAUCACCCGCCGUCCCUUCUGCCGCAAUUCCCGCAAAACCUCCUCUGUUGCUCCUCCACGGCUUCGGCGCGUCGUCGUUAAACCACUGGAUUAAUCAGCUCGCCGCGUUUUCCCGCCAUUUCGACCUCUACAUCCCCGACCUGCUGUUCUUCCGUGGCUCGUACUCCCGCGACGAGCGGCGCGACGAGCGGCUCCAGGCGGAAGCGAUGAUCGCGCUGAUGGACCGGCUGGGCAUCCAACGGUGCGCCGUGGUCGGCCUAGUGCUGGGAGGGGCGGGGCUCAUGCUGACGCAGGGCGAGGUGCAGGGGGUGCUGCAGCACUGGCAUGCCAAGACUCCCCCGGACCUAUUCCUUCCCACCGAGCCUAGCGGCCUGCUUCGGCUGAUCAGGCUCGGGAACAACGAGGCGCCGUACCUCCCGGAUUGGCUGCUGCAGGACGCCUUGGAGGUGUUGUUUGAGAACAGGGAGGAGAAGGCGGGUCUGCUGGAGGCAUCGUUGGGAGAAGCACAGGCCAACGCACAGCACCCAGAGGGCAUCGCUGUGCCAUCAAUGGUAGGUGCUGAGUGGUGCAAUGCGGUCCUGUGCUGGGUGUGUGAGAACAGGGAGGAGAAGGCGGGUCUGCUGGAGGCAUCGUUGGGAGAAGCACAGGCCAACGCACAGCACCCAGAGGGCAUCGCUGUGCCAUCAAUGGUAGGUGCUGAGUGGUGCAAUGCGGUCCUGUGCUGGGUGUGUGAGAACAGGGAGGAGAAGGCGGGUCUGCUGGAGGCAUCGUUGGGAGAAGCACAGGCCAACGCACAGCACCCAGAGGGCAUCGCUGUGCCAUCAAUGGUAGGUGCUGAGUGGUGCAAUGCGGUCCUGUGCUGGGUGUGUGAGAACAGGGAGGAGAAGGCGGGUCUGCUGGAGGCAUCGUUGGGAGAAGCACAGGCCAACGCACAGCACCCAGAGGGCAUCGCUGUGCCAUCAAUGGUAGGUGCUGAGUGGUGCAAUGCGGUCCUGUGCUGGGUGUUUGAGAACAGGGCGGAAAAGGCGGGUCUGCUGGAGGCGUCGUUGAGAGAAGCACAGACCAACGCAGAACACCCGGGGGGCAUUGCUGUGCCAUCAAUGAACAGGGCGGAGAAGGCGGGUCUGCUGGAGGCGUCGUUGAGAGAAGCACAGACCAACGCAGAACACCCGGGGGGCAUUGCUGUGCCAUCAAUGAACAGGGCGGAGAAGGCGGGUCUGCUGGAGGCGUCGUUGAGAGAAGCACAGACCAACGCAGAACACCCGGGGGGCAUUGCUGUGCCAUCAAUGAACAGGGCGGAGAAGGCGGGUCUGCUGGAGGCGUCGUUGAGAGAAGCACAGACCAACGCAGAACACUCGGGGGGCAUUGCUGCGCCAUCAAUGAACAGGGCGGAGAAGGCGGGUCUGCUGGAGGCGUCGUUGAGAGAAGCACAGACCAACGCAGAACAACCGGGGGGCAUUGCUGCGCCAUCAAUGAACAGGGCGGAGAAGGCGGGUCUGCUGGAGGCGUCGUUGAGAGAAGCACAGACCAACGCAGAACACCCGGGGGGCAUUGCUGUGCCAUCAAUGAACAGGGCGGAGAAGGCGGGUCUGCUGGAGGCGUCGUUGAGAGAAGCACAGACCAACGCAGAACACCCGGGGGGCAUUGCUGCGCCAUCAAUGGGCGGAGAAGGCGGGUCUGCUGGAGGCGUCGUUGAGAGAAGCACAGGCCAACGCAGAACACCGAGAGGGCAUCGCUGUGCCAUAAAUGGCAUGCAGUCAUGCACGCGUGCACACACGCACACAGAUGAGUAUGCACACGCAACGCAACAGUUAAACGCAAACACACAACCUGGUUACGUAGCUGCCCCCGCUCCAGCUUUCCCCCUCCCCACCUUCCACCCCUCUCCACCUUCCCCCCUCUCUACUUUCCCCCCUCUCCACCGCCCCCCCUCUCCACCUUUACCUCUCGUCAUUGCUCACAUUAACCUCUCCCUUCCCUUCUCUCGUCUCCCCAACUUCCCCCUCUUCACCUUCACCCCUUCCCAUUGCUCAUAUACAAUUUUCCCUUACUCCAUUUUCCCAUCUCCCUCUUUCUCCCACUCAGGCACUUUGGGGGUGAGGACUCCCUCCUCCCUCUUCCUCUCUCCUCCUCUCCACCUCUCCACCCUUUUACCUCUCCUCCCCUCUCUCUCAAUCGACUUACGCAUUCCCAUGCGAUCUCGCGCGUUGAUCCUAAGCCGUUUCAACCGUUUCCCAUGCUCCUUCAACCCCCUCCUAUGCUCCUUCAACCCCCUCCUAUGCUCCUUCAACCCCUUCCCAUGCUCCUUCAACCCCUUCCCAUGCUCCUUCAACCCCUUCCCAUGCUCCUUCAACCCCUUCCCAUGCUCCUUCAACCCCUUCCCAUGCUCCUUCAACCCCGUCCCAUGCUCCCUCAACCCCGUCCCAUGCUCCUUCAACCCCGUCCCAUGCUCCCUCAACCCCGUCCCAUGCUCCUUCAACCCCGUCCCAUGCUCCUUCAACCCCGUCCCAUGCUCCUUCAACCCCGUCCCAUGCUCCUUCAACCCCUUCCCAUGCCCAUCCUGCCAGGCACAUAAAGCAGCACAGUUCAACAGAGCCGUCCUCUCUUUCCUCACCACCCAGCACCAAUGA